AUGACCAACCCGUUGACGUGGGUGGGGCGUGGGGCAUCCCUCCUGGCGAGCGGCCGGGCGGCGCAGCGCGCGAGCCGCGGAGUCGACAGGACGUCACAACGCGACGGCCGCGAAGGCAGGGGGGCGGCGACGAGGGAGGCGUGGCCCGUGCCCGUGCUGAGCACGGUGGCGGCGCCGGCCGGGGCCGACGUCGAGCAGCUGUACCGUCCGGCGUUGCCGCCCUCGAGGGCGUCGCUGCGCGAGGCGGGGCGCCGGCGCGCGGAGCUCAAGCAGGCGGAGGCCGAGGCACCGGCCGCGAUGAAACGCAGGCGGGAGGAGGAGUGCGUCGAGCGGGAGGCGGAGCUUCUUGCGCCGCUGGCGGCGGCGGACGCGCCGAGGGGCAAGCGGCGGCGAAGCGUGCUCGCUGCGGCCGUCAUGCACGAGGCGAUCCCGGACGGACAGGCAGCGGUGCACGAGGCCAAGCCGGUGGGGGCUCACGGUGCCAAGAAGUGCAGGGAAGUGAUCCAGCGCUGGCGGGAGUUCGAGGCCGCCAUGACCGAGGGGGACGAGGUCACGCGCAGCAACUGGCGGGCCGGCAUGAGCGCCGGCUAUCCGUCGACGCAGCUGACGCUCAAGUUCAUUAAGUGGCUGCUCGUCACACGCAUUUAUCAGUCGCACUCGACGCGGCGAGAUGGACGCGAGAUGAUCGGCCGGUCGGCGAACCAAGUGGGCCAGAUGGCCACGUGGAUGCGGAAACACGUCUGGCCGGCCCUCUUCAGCAGCGCCGGCUUCCCGACAGGGUCGGCGGCGUUGGCGUACUGGCGGCCGAUCCUUCAGCACCUGGAGAGCCUUGUCGGGGGUGGCGGCGGAGGCGCGCAGCAGCUGGCGGGGGUGGCGAUGGCGGCGGCUCAGGCGGUGCAGACGGAGGCGGGAGCGGACGCGUCCACUGUCGAAUUGGCGGGCGACGCGGCGAGCCGGGCGGCGCAGCUGGGCGUACGCGCGGCGACGGCGUCGAGCACGACGCGAGAGCACCUCAACCAGACGGGCGAGUACUUGCUCCAAGACGCACUGCUGAGUGAGCCUUUCGAGGUCAACGAGUCGUUCGUGCUCAACGCGUACCUCGGGUUCGCGCGACAGAUGGGCUGCAGGCCAGGCAUGGCGGUCAAGUACUCGAGAGCGCCAUGCCUGCAGGAGUCGCUUAGGCGGCUCCCAUGGUGUACCUGUGUUAGUGCCACUGUGCUGGGUGUGGGACUAUCUCUCUACUAG